AUAAGCGAAUGUAAUUCAGUUGCUACGUAACUUUGGUGCUGUAUCGUCGAAGUCUGCGCUAACAAUUCAUCAGCGCUUGCAGACGAUUUUAGUUUAUUCAAGAUUGAAACAAAGAUUUGGAAAGCGAAUUAAAAAAAGCUUUGAACUGCAACAGUGGUAAAAAGGCAGGUUUUCUAGUGACCCUAUUAACAUCCGAACCAACCAUAAGGUGAUUUUUUAGUUUCCAACAAACUCAUUGUCUGAAAUACGACCAAUUGCAUCAAAUCAAGUGGAAUUUAGGUGUUGGUUGAUGGUGAAAAGCCAAGUGUCUGUCCUUCGACACAUCCAAGUUCUCUCUGGUGGGGAACAAUGUCCUCAAUUGAAAAUGCCGAAAACGGUGUAGGAAAAUACCAUUCUUAUCAGACGGUGUACUAUAUCAUCACCAACAACACCAGCGCAGAAAUUGAAGCGGAACCCGUGGAAAAUUUGCAGACGAUUACUACAACAGUGGACACUGACCUCACGCGGAAGCGUCGGAAAAUAGAAGCUAUCAAAAUGCAGGGUCAAGUGGCGGGCGCGGUACAGGCUCAAGGCGGCUCUCCACAAGCUGCCGCCGCGGCACAGCAGCAACAACAGAACAUCUCGGUUAAAAUGGACCCCGCGAGUCAGCUGUCUUCCGCAGGUCUGCUGGAACUUGCUCAUCGCGAAUAUCAGGCCGUCGACUAUGAAAACGCUGAACGUCACUGCAUGCAGCUCUGGCGACAGGAGAAUAACAACACGGGGGUACUUUUACUGCUGUCUUCGAUUCACUUCCAAUGCCGGCGUUUGGAUAAAUCGGCACAGUUUUCCACGCUGGCUAUUAAGCAGAAUCCUCUGCUUGCCGAAGCGUACAGCAAUCUCGGUAAUGUGUACAAGGAACGUGGGCAACUCCAGGAAGCCCUAGAAAACUACCGACAUGCCGUGCGACUGAAGCCCGAUUUUAUUGACGGAUACAUCAACUUGGCUGCUGCUUUAGUUGCAGCUCGUGACAUGGAACAGGCGGUGCAAGCAUAUGUCACCGCUCUCCAGUAUAACCCGGAUCUGUACUGCGUGAGAAGCGAUUUGGGAAAUCUUUUAAAAGCCCUGGGACGGCUUGACGAGGCCAAGGCAUGCUACCUGAAGGCCAUCGAAACGAGACCCGACUUUGCGGUCGCUUGGAGCAACCUGGGGUGCGUGUUCAACGCACAGGGCGAAAUAUGGCUGGCGAUACACCAUUUCGAGAAGGCGGUCGCGCUUGACCCGAACUUUCUGGAUGCCUACAUCAACCUGGGCAACGUGCUGAAGGAAGCCCGUAUCUUUGACCGAGCUGUUGCAGCAUAUCUGAGAGCGCUCAAUCUAUCGCCGAACAAUGCGGUGGUGCACGGUAAUCUGGCCUGUGUGUACUACGAGCAAGGGCUGAUCGAUCUGGCUAUCGACACGUACCGGCGGGCGAUCGAUUUGCAGCCCAACUUCCCAGACGCCUAUUGCAAUCUGGCCAAUGCGCUGAAAGAGAAGGGUCAGGUAAAGGAGGCCGAAGAGUGCUAUAAUAUCGCGCUACGCCUCUGCCCGAACCAUGCCGAUUCGCUCAACAACCUGGCGAAUAUCAAGCGUGAGCAGGGGUACAUCGAGGAGGCCACCAGGCUGUAUCUUAAAGCGCUGGAAGUGUUUCCCGAGUUUGCGGCGGCCCACUCGAAUCUGGCCUCGGUUCUGCAGCAGCAAGGUAAGCUGAACGAGGCGCUGCUGCAUUACAAGGAAGCGAUCCGCAUCCAGCCGACGUUCGCUGAUGCGUACUCGAAUAUGGGCAACACGCUGAAGGAAAUGCAGGAUGUGGCCGGCGCACUGCAGUGCUACACGCGUGCCAUCCAGAUCAACCCGGCGUUCGCCGAUGCUCACAGCAAUCUGGCCAGCAUUCAUAAGGACUCGGGCAACAUCCCCGAGGCGAUUCAGUCCUACCGGACGGCGCUGAAGCUAAAGCCGGACUUCCCGGAUGCAUACUGCAACCUGGCCCACUGUCUGCAGAUCGUGUGCGACUGGACGGACUACGAAGCACGUAUGAAGAAGCUGGUAGCGAUCGUUGCGGAUCAGCUGGACAAAAACCGGCUCCCGUCGGUGCACCCGCACCAUUCGAUGCUUUACCCACUGUCGCACGAGUUCCGCAAAACGAUCGCAGCGCGGCACGCGAACCUGUGCCUGGAGAAAAUCAACGUCCUGCACAAACCACCGUACAAGUUCACGCGCGAGUUCGUCGGUCGGCUACGCAUCGGGUACGUGAGCAGCGAUUUCGGCAAUCACCCGACGUCACACCUGAUGCAGUCGGUACCGGGGCUGCACGAUCGCUCUCGGGUCGAGAUUUUCUGCUAUGCCCUUAGCCCGGACGAUGGGACAACGUUCCGUGGAAAGAUUAGUCGCGAGGCGGAGCACUUCAUCGAUCUCUCGCAGAUCCCGUGUAACGGGAAGGCGGCCGACCGGAUCCACGCCGACGGUAUACACAUUCUGGUGAACAUGAAUGGCUACACGAAGGGAGCACGGAAUGAAAUAUUUGCGCUACGGCCGGCUCCGGUGCAGGUGAUGUGGUUGGGUUACCCGGGUACAAGCGGUGCCUCGUUCAUGGACUACAUCGUGACGGACGCUGUCACAUCGCCGCUCUCGCUGGAAUCACAGUACAGUGAAAAACUGGCCUACAUGCCACACACGUACUUUAUCGGUGACCAUCGGCAGAUGUUCCCUCACCUGAAGGAGCGCGUGAUCGUGAGUAACCGAACGCAGAACAAUGGGCUGGCGGACAACGUGGCCGUGAUCAACGCAACCGACCUGUCGCCGCUCGUCGAAAGUACCGACGUCAAGACCGUCCGCGAGGUGGUCCUGGCUAACAAGCCGGUCGAAAUUCAGCACAAAGUGGCGGAACUCCCGACUACGACCCCGAUCGAAACGAUGAUCGCUUCCGGCCAGGUGCAGACGUCCCUCAACGGAGUGGUUGUGCAGAACGGGCUGGCAACGACGCAAACUAACAACAAGGCGGCCACAGGAGAGGAGGUACCGCAGAACAUUGUCGUCACAACGCGGCAGCAGUACGGUUUGCCAGAUGACGCGAUCGUGUACUGCAACUUUAACCAGCUCUACAAAAUCGACCCCCUAACAUUGCACUCGUGGGUGUACAUUCUAAAGCACGUACCGAACUCGGUGCUGUGGUUGCUUCGCUUCCCGGCCGUCGGUGAAGCGAAUAUUCAGGCCACUGCACAACAGCUGGGCAUUUCUGCGGGCAGAAUCAUCUUCUCAAACGUCGCCGCCAAGGAGGAACACGUGCGCCGUGGGCAGCUGGCCGACGUAUGCCUCGAUACGCCCCUGUGCAACGGCCAUACGACAUCGAUGGAUGUACUGUGGACUGGAACGCCGGUCGUGACGCUCCCAGCGGAGACCCUUGCAUCGAGAGUUGCAGCGUCACAACUGGCAACGCUUGGAUGCCCGGAACUGAUAGCAAAAUCGCGCCAAGAGUACCAGGAUAUCGCCGUCAAGCUCGGCACUGAUCGGGAGUACUUAAAGGCGAUGCGUGCCAAGGUUUGGGUCGCCCGGUGCGAGAGCCCCCUCUUCGACUGCAAACAGUACGCGCAGGGUCUAGAGACGCUGUUCUACAAGAUGUGGGAGCGGUUCGCACGCGGUGAACGACCCGAUCACAUUUCCGCCAAGGAAAAGUAGAGAGUUCUUCACGACGCUUUACGUGGGAGGAAAGCUAGGCCCGACAAUAUUGUUUAAAUUUCCUGAUUGAUUUUCCAUUUUUCAUUUAACUUGUCUUAUAAUGCAUUUCACCCACAUCCGGCGGCGUCAGCGAGCGGAAGCUUAGCGUACGCGUCAUAUCUGGGUGUACAUGUGAGAGUGUGUGUGGUGUGUUAGGAAGGGUUUUUUGUUGUUAUUUAUUUAAGGACUUUUUUCCUAUGUUAGGAUUUAUUAGAAAAGAACGGUUA